CUUUUGGAUUGGACAGCCAGAACUACACUGGGAUUAUAAAAGCUGGUGAAAAGUAACAAACUAGACACGCAGGAAACAUGAAGGUCCUUCUGCUUUUUGGAUUGGUGGCUGUCGCUCUGGCUGAGCUGACCAGAUUUGAGGGGGAGCAGGUGUUCCGUCUGAAGCCCACCACUGACGAACAUGUGACCCUCAUCAAGGAUCUGGCCCGCAACAUGGAGGUGGACUUUUGGAGCCCUGAGAGUGCUGAGCUGGUGACCAUCGACAUUGAUGUAGACAUCCACAUUCCCGCCUCCCACACCUCCAUGGUCUACACCAUCCUGAACCAGAGUGACAUGGAACACAAGAUUCUGAUUGAGGAUCUCCAGGCUCAGAUUGAGGCUCAGAUGGACGGGCCUCAGAUCAGCCCCAGGUCCCACACCUACACCAAGUACAACAGCUGGGACAAGAUCCAGGCCUGGAUCACCUCCAUCACCUCUGCCAACUCUAAUCUGAUGAGCAGACAGGUGAUCGGAAACACCUACGAGGGCCGUCCCAUGCACUUGCUGAAGAUUGGCAAGCAGACUGGCUCCACCAAGCCUGCCAUCUUCCUGGACUGUGGUAUCCAUGCCAGAGAGUGGAUCUCCCCUGCUUUCUGCCAGUGGUUCGUCAAGGAGGCCGUGUCCACCUAUGGAACUGAUUCUCAGAUGACCAGCCUGCUGGACCAAAUGGAUGUCUACGUUCUGCCUGUCUUCAACGUUGACGGCUAUGAUUACACCUGGAAGAGCAACAGGAUGUGGAGGAAGACUCGGAAGCCUAGCAGUUCCAGCUGCGUCGGCACUGACCUCAACAGAAACUUUGAUGCCGGCUGGUGCACCGUGGGGGCCUCCUCCAACCCCUGCAGCGACACCUACUGCGGCUCCAAGCCUGAGUCUGAGAUUGAGUCCAAGAAUGUGGCUGACUUCAUCCGCAGCAACAAGGCCACCAUCAAGGCCUACAUCACCGUCCACUCCUACUCCCAGAUGCUCCUCUUCCCCUACUCCUACACCUUCGACCCGGCUGCUGAUCACGCUGAGCUGAUGAGUGUUGCUCAGGGAGCCUGCAAUGCCCUGACCAGCCUGUAUGGCACCAAGUACAUUGUGGGCCCCGGUGCUGCCACCAUCUACCCCUGUGCUGGAGGCUCUGAUGACUGGGCCUAUGACCUGGGUGUGAAGUACUCCUACACCUUUGAGCUGCGUGACGAAGGUCGCUAUGGCUUCCUGCUCCCCGAAUCCCAGAUCAAGCCCACUUGUGAGGAGACCAUGUUGGCUGUUAAGUACAUUGCUGCCCACGUGCAGAAGAACCUCUACUAAUCAGACUGGAUCUUUGGAGGACAUUGUGUGUCUCCAGUUAAUAAGACACAGCACCAUCAGUGCUUUUCCAUCCAUGUUUCACCAUUCCUGUAUAUGUGAAUAGAAAUAUGGAUAUGCAGAAAUAAUAAACACUUGCCAGAAACAAUGCAGGACUGAGUUUUUCCUCAGUGUCAAGCAACUGCCAAAGUAGUUCAGUCUCAAAUUAGUCUCAACCCUUUAUCUGUAGGGAACACCAAUGAAAUGAAAGCUUUUACCUGAACAUCAAAAUAGAAUGUUCUCAGUGGUGUAUGUCCUUCUCAGUGGUGAAUGUCUCUCAGGUAAUCCCAAUGACUAGUCAUUAGAUAUUGAGAUAUUUAGCGGAUAUGUGGAUAUUGAAAUAAUAUUAGUUGCUGUUACUGCCAACAGGAAAGAAUGUUUAACAAAUGUAUUGUUAAUCAUUGA